GACUAUUGAUUACUAGUGAGUAAUGGAUGAUCUCGACUUUGAGCAAGUAGAGCAGCUUAUGGAGCAACAACAGGGGAGGGUUGAUGAUGGAUAUUAUCAUAAUAAUGAGGUUCCUACUAUUCCUCGUCGGUCAUCAACACAACGUUAUGAUGGUAAUUAUAAUAAUACAUCACCUAAUAGUAGAAGAAGAAUGCCUCUAGAACAGGUGGAAGGUGAAAGACAACAUUAUCAUCAUCGUAGUGAUUCAAGAAGAAGAGGACCAUCAUCAUCAACAAGAGAGGAGGAUCGCAGAGGUUCUAAUAGAGAUUAUCAUCAUAGAUCUAGAUCCUAUCGACGUGAAGAUCAACAUCAUCAUCAUCAUGGUGGUGGUGGUGGUGGCCAAGAAGAAGAAGAAGAACAUCGUAGUGGUGGUGGUGGUGGUCAGCAUCGUGGUGGUAUUGGUGAUGAGAGAGUACGUAUGGUCCAACAAGCUCAUAGAGAUGAUUGUACUGUUAUGGUUAUGGGUAUACACCCUAAAUGUACUGAAAAAGAGGUAUAUGUAUUUAUGAGCCAGAAUGCUGGUAAAGUACGGGAUGUACAAGUUAUAAGAGAUCCACGUACUAAUAGAUCUAAAGGUGUAGCAUAUGUUGAAUUCUAUACACCUGAUUCAAUAUUAAAAGCAUUAGCUUGUAAUGGACAAGCAUUAAUGGGACAUCCUAUACGCAUUCAAGCCUCUCAAGCUGAAAAGAAUCGUGCAGCCGAAGCAGCUAGAGUAGUACAGAAUCAACAACAAGAUCUACCUAUGAGAGUAUAUGUUGGAGGUCUUACAGGAGUACUUAUACAUUUACAAGAAUCAGAAAUACGUAAAUUAUUCGCUCCAUUUGGUGAUAUACAAUGUAUUGAGAUAGCUAAAUCACCAUAUACUGGUAGACCUAGAGGAUUUGCCUUUGUUAUAUACUCUAGAGCAUGUGAUGCUAGAGUAGCAAUAGCAGCUAUGCAUAAAUAUCGUAUUGCUGAUACUACAUUAGAAGUUGGAUAUCUAGCCUCAGCAGUUAAUACCGCAUUAUUAUCACAAAUGGAUAAUACCACUCCUGAUGGAAGUAGUAUGGUAUCACAUGGGGUAGUACCAAUGUAUUGACAAUAUACACUACUACUACUAAUGACUUCUAUACUAGCAUUAUUAUUAUUAUUACUACUACUAGAACGUUAAUGGAUGUUGUUGUAUAUGGCUGCUGCUGCUGCUGCUGCUUACAACUCCUGCUGGUGGAUUAUUGGCCUUCUCCUUC